AUGCGUCUCGCAACAGCAACAACACUGGGGGCCUCCCUGCACCUUGGGCUGGCCGUGGCACAAUCUACGGUGACCCUCAACCCAAGCACCACAUACCAAACUAUCGAUGGGUUUGGUUUCUCGGAGGCGUUCGGAUUCGGAAAUGGUGUUGCCAAUGCGCCCUCUGCGCAGCAGACCCAGGCACUGAAGUACAUGUUCAGUACCACCGAGGGAGCAGGAAUGACUAUUCUGCGCAACCGCAUUGCCUCGGAUCCCAAUGGCAGCAUCGAGCCUAACAGUCCCGGUUCGCCAUCGGCGGCGCCAAGCUACAAGCCACUGAAUGGUGACUCCAGCCAGGUCUUUUGGUCCAAGCAAGCCCGUGCCAUGGGUGUCAAGUACAUCUACGCAGACGCCUGGAGUGCCCCGGGAUAUAUGAAAACCAAUGACAACUAUAUCAACGGUGGCUACCUCUGUGGUGUGACUGGACACUCGUGCUCCUCGGGAGAUUGGAGACAGGCCUAUGCCAAUUAUCUUGUGCAAUACAUCAAAGAUUACGCCAGUCAGGGAAUCACUAUUGACUUUGUUGGCUUCCUCAACGAGCCGGAAUUCGCACCGAGCUACGAUUCCAUGCUAUCCGAUGGCACAGAGGCGGCGUCUUUCAUUCCCAUCUUGCAUGACACAAUUCAAAAGGCUGGCCUAUCCACCGGCAUUACUUGCUGUGAUGCCGAGGGUUGGAACGAUCAAGUCAAAUUCACCCAGCAACUCAUUUCUGCGGACGCCACCAAAUACAUGUCGCGUAUCACUUCCCACUGGUAUACGUCCAAAUGCACCGCGCCCAUCGAUACAAGUCUCCGAGUAUGGGAGACCGAGUACGCCGACCUGGACAGCUCCUUCUCUACCACAUGGCACUCAAGUGGUGCGACGAAUGAAGGUUUCACCUGGGCUCAAUACAUCUACCAGGGAUUGGUUGAGUGUAACCUGAGUGCCUUCCUGUACUGGGUUGGCGCUCAGUCCAACAGUAAUGCUGCCGGUCUUGUCACCCUUACUGGCUCCGGAUCGUCCACUCAGGUGACCGCAUCGGGCUCACUCUGGGCCUUUGCCAUGUUCUCUCGCUACAUUCGUCCAGACGCUGUCCGUAUCGGUACCACGGGCGCUCCCUCCAAUACCAAGGUGGCAUCAUUCAAGAACAACGACGGCACAAUUGCCACGGUCAUGAUCAACACCGGUAGUAGCGCACAGGCUGUUUCCCUUGGAGGCGGCUCGAUCUCCUCUGCCAAGGCCUACUACAUGGACAACUCCGUCUCAUCUCCCUCAAGCUUGUCAAUCACCCUCAACGCCGGUAGCGUCCAUGCUACUCUGCCAGGCUACUCAAUGGUUACCUUUGUGACUUCUGGUAGCGGCUCUUCCACCGGUCCCACUACUUUGACCACUCACACCACAACCUCGACAACCAGUGCGAGUGGCUCUACUGGUACCAGUGUUGCCCAGCACUGGGCCCAAUGUGGAGGUCAAGGUUGGACAGGUCCCACAACUUGCGCUAGUCCGUACACCUGCAAGGCGCAGAACGCCUACUACUCUCAGUGUCUCUGA